AUGUCUUUCCAGAACUUUGAAUCUUUCCAAAACCAGCACCCUGCUGCUGAUGCUGCUGCCGCCGCUCCCGGUGCUCCUGCUACCGCGGACACCACCAUGACCGGCCAGGCUGAUCCUAGCACUGCUGCUUUCCAGGGACCUGCUCCCGGUGAGCCCAAUGCCGCUCCUGUCCCCCAGCAGGCUAAUGAGGGCAAGACUACCCUCUGGAUGGGCGAACUUGAGCCCUGGAUCGAUGAGAACUUCGUUCGCAACUUGUGGUUCCAGAUGGGUGAGCAGGUCAACGUUAAGAUGAUCCGUGACAAGUUCUCUGGGAGCAACGCCGGAUACUGCUUCGUUGAUUUCGCCUCCCCCGCUGCUGCUGCCAAGGCUCUGUCCCUCAACGGCACCCCCAUGCCCAACACCAACCGCCUGUUCAAGCUCAACUGGGCUACCGGUGGUGGUCUCGCUGAUCGCAGCCGUGAUGACCGUGGUCCCGAAUACUCUAUCUUCGUCGGUGACCUUGGCCCCGAGGUCAACGAAUACGUGCUCGUCUCUCUCUUCCAGAGCCGCUUCCCGUCUUGCAAGUCGGCUAAGAUCAUGACCGAUCCCAUCAGUGGCAUGUCCCGUGGUUAUGGCUUCGUCCGCUUCUCCGACGAGAACGACCAGCAGCGUGCCCUGAGCGAGAUGCAGGGUGUUUACUGUGGUAACCGCCCCAUGCGCAUCUCCACCGCUACUCCCAAGAACAAGGGACCCGGCGUUGUUCCUGGUGCCAUGGGUAUGCCCGCCGGGCCGGGCAUGUACCCUCCCAUGGGUGCUCCCCCUAUGGGCUUCUACGGCGCUCCCCAGCCCAUGAACCAGUUCACCGACCCUAACAACACCACUGUUUUCGUCGGUGGUCUGUCUGGCUAUGUCACUGAGGAUGAGCUCCGCUCUUUCUUCCAGGGCUUCGGCGAGAUCACCUACGUCAAGAUUCCCCCUGGAAAGGGUUGCGGCUUUGUCCAAUUCGUUCAGCGUCACGCCGCCGAGAUGGCCAUCAACCAGAUGCAGGGUUACCCCAUUGGUAAUUCCCGUGUUCGCUUGAGCUGGGGUCGCUCCCAAAACAACUCUGGCCCUGCUGGCAGCCCCUACCGUCCUGCUCCCCCUCCGCCUCCCAUGUACCCUUCGAUGGGCAUGCCCCCCGCACACCAGUACGGCGGCUUUGCUCCUAUGAAGGUCAGUUCCCCCCAGUGA